UAUUGAGCGGAUCGUCUGAAAUUGAAGUUUGUGGUUUCGUAAAUAUUGUUAUGGAUCAAUCUUUAAGUGAUAUAUUCGCAUCUUUUCAAAAAUAUAUCGACGCAGAACAAGAUCUAAGAGAGGAAAUUAGACUUGUUAUUCGUGACCUGGAACAAAUUGGAAGAGAAAUAUUAAAUAUUUUACAAGGUAUCCACCAGCAAGAUGGAAUCGAAAAAAUUCCAGUGAUCUGUGAAAAAGGAACUUUACAAUAUGCUACAGUAAGAAGCAAGUUCUUGCAAUUAAGUGCAAAAAUUCCCAAAGAUCAAUAUUACAGAUAUCAUGAUCAUUGGCGAUUUAUAACUCAACGAUUAGUAUUUUUGGCUGCUCUUAUCAAAUAUCUUCAAACUGAAACUCUUCUGGAAAGAAAAGAAGCUGCAGAAAUUUUGGGAGUACAUGUAAAUUGUGAAGAUGGUUUUCAUCUUGAUUUGGAUGAUUAUUUAAUGGGAUUGCUUUCAUUAGCUGAUGAAUUGUCACGAUUUGCCGUGAAUAGUGUAACAGCUGGAAAUUAUGUUUAUCCUGUCAAAAUUUCUCGCUUUGUUACUGAACUAAAUAAAGGAUUUCGUUUGUUGAAUUUAAAAAAUGAUUCUCUUAGAAAACGAUUUGAUGCCUUAAAAUAUGAUUUAAAGAAAGUAGAAGAAAUUGUCUAUGAUUUAUCCAUUAGAGGAAUGAAACCCGAAAAUUCUAAUACCAGCAUUCUGCCUCAAGAAUAGAAAGAAAUAUUCACACACAGUUUCAGA